AUGAACAGAAAAGUACAUAACUCCCAAGAACUGAAUAUUCAAUUACCGUUAGUAAUUCCAGAUCAUAAGCACAAGGGGAAGCUGCUCUUUUCGGACCAGACUUUAAUUAUAAAAGACUGUAUCAAGUCUAUAUUAUCGACCAUCACAUUUCAUAGAGCUCUCGGAGAAGUUUAUCCACUCGGAACAGACUGUGAGGUUUUGGACCAAAUUAGUUUUCCUAGUAUCGAUGAGAAGGAAUUAAAUCAAACAAUAUCACAACAGACACAGAAAGUAAUUGAUUCAUUUCAGAAUUUUCUCCGAGCAUGCAUGAAUUUGCCUGAAAAUUUCUUUUCAACGCCCAGUGCAAAAACUCCAUCCACAACCAACACCAAGAAAACACCAUCAGCAACUCCGAUAAUCAAAUUACCAGAAAGCAUACUUUCUAAGUCCUUCAAUUUUGAAGUUAAAUACUACACUCUUAAAAAAACAGACUCUAGUUUUUAUGGUAUUUUCGGAGGAAAGAGAGAAGAGAAAGUCCCUUUCGAAUCUUGGAACAUACCAUUCAAAAUUUCUUGGAACACUCAAUGGAAUCACUUAUUUGAAGGUAUGCCUCUCGUUAAGGUGACGUCGAAUGGAAAAGAAACCGAUAUUCAAGGCAAAAUGUUAAAUAGCCCUAAUAAUCCUAAUCUUCCACCUGACGUUUCCAAGUUACAAGAACAAUUAAGGAAGCGUUUGGUGCUAAUUAUACAGUCAGCACACGAAGAUAUACCGCACCUUCCUGGACUUUCUGAGGAAAAUUUGUCAUCGAUGAAUGGAAAAAGCUUUCCUUUCGAUAUUGCUUUUACAGACGAUUCUAAGGAUGAUUCCAACAAAAGAUCGACAUGGUUCAAUUUUCUUUACAAGGCCGAGGAUCUUUAA